UUUUCUCCUAUUUGACUUCGGCACAUUUUUCUUUGACAUUUGCUGUUGUCACACACACACGGUGUCUAAAAUUUGCGGCUGUCAAACUUCUUUCUCUCCGGCAAAAUCAACGAUGGCGACAGGAACUAUUUACACAUACCCAGAAAAUUUCCGUGCCUACAAGGCAUUGAUUGCUGCCCAAUAUUCGGGUGCUCAAGUAAAAGUUGCUGAUAACUUUGUUUUCGGCGAAACAAACAAAUCGGCUGAAUUCUUGAAGAAGUUCCCCAGUGGCAAGGUGCCUGCUUUCGAAACCUCGAAUGGCAAAUACCUUAGCGAAUCGAACGCCAUCGCUUUCUUCUUGGCCAGUGAACAAUUGCGUGGUGGCAAAUGCCCCUUCGCCCAAGCUCAGGUCCAACAAUGGUUGUCUUUCGCCGACAACGAAGUCGUCCCUGCCUCCUGUGCCUUGGUAUUCCCCUUGUUGGGCAUCAUGCCCCAACAAAAGGGCAGCACUGCCAAACAAGAUGUCGAAGUUGUUUUGGAUUUGUUGAACAAGAAAUUCUUGGAAUCCACCUACUUGGUUGGUGAACGCAUCACUUUGGCCGAUAUUGUUGUAUUCUGCAGCUUGUUGCACGUCUACCAAUACGUCUUGGAUGAGGCUGCCCGCAAGCCCUACACCAACCUCAACCGUUGGUUCAACACCAUCCUCCACCAAAAGCAAGUGCAAGCCGUAGUCAAGAACUACACCAUCUGCGAAAAGGCUUUGGUCUUCGACCCUAAGAAGUACGCCGAAUUCCAAGCCAAGACCGGUGGCAAGCAACAAAAGCCCAAGGAAGAAAAGAAACAAGAAAAGAAACCCGCUGCUAAGAAGGAAGAACCCAAAGAAGAGCUCGAUGCUGCCGAUGAGGCCCUUGCUGCCGAACCCAAGUCCAAGGAUCCCUUCGAUGCCAUGCCCAAGGGCACCUUCAACUUUGACGACUUCAAGCGUGUCUACUCCAACGAAGAGGAGAAGGUCUCCAUUCCCUACUUCUGGGAAAAGUUCGACCCCGAACACUACUCCAUCUGGUUCGGUGAAUACAAAUACAACGAGGAACUCACCAAGACCUUCAUGUCUUGCAAUCUCAUCUCCGGCAUGUUCCAACGUCUCGACAAGAUGCGCAAGCAGGCCUUCGCCUCCGUCUGCUUGUUCGGUGAAGAGAACAACUCCUCCAUCUCCGGUAUCUGGGUAUGGCGUGGACAAGAUCUCGCCUUCACUUUGUCUCCCGAUUGGCAAGUCGAUUACGAAGUCUACGACUGGAAGAAAUUGGAUGCCAAAUCCGAGGAAACCAAGAAAUUGGUUGAACAAUACUUCUCCUGGUCCGGUACCGACAAACAAGGCCGCAAAUUCAACCAAGGCAAAAUCUUCAAAUAAACUAAUAAAGACUCCAACAAUAACAACAACUGUAAUAAAAACAUCAUUAUCAAGAACUAUGGCCGCUUUAGCAGCAUGAUUAAAAAAAAAAACAGGAGCCGCCGCUAACUAAUAUUUAUGUUAAAUUUCAUUUUAAGUCUUGUGUCCCAUUAUUUAGAUUUUUUAAAAAUCUUAGUACUAGUAGUGUUAAAAAACUAUAUGGCCAUAUAUAGAGAACAUCAAGAUACGGCUUGUUUGUCUGAUUGUAUUUUGCAUUGUACUAUUUUUUUUUUUAAUUAUUCUCGCCUAUUUUUUUAUAUAUGUAAUUAAAAAAAAGAAAACAAAUGUUUUUGUAAUACAUUUUCCACAAAAAACUCAAAUACAACUUUGGUUUUUCUUAUUAUUUAUUCGAACUUUAUUUUCUUUAUUUUUAAUAGAAAUAAAAGAACUACUUGCAACAAAACUAAA